AGGAUUAAACUUCAUCGAACGAAAGCAACACUGGGUUUUCUACAAGUAGGAGUGAAGUUGAUUUUGUGUUGUUUUUUUCUCUAAAGCAUCAUGUAUAAAGAUAAGAAUAAUAUUACUUUGACAUUAUUUGGGUUGUAACACGCUCAGAUAAUGGUAAAAAAUUUCGCUUCAUUGUUGUAACUGCAACAUGGUACAUAUUCAGAUGAUUUUUAAAAAAAACUUCAUGUGUCACGUGCUGUGUUGUUUCGUAAAAUAAAAUUUCGUGCACAAGACGCCGUCAAGAUGACGUCACUCAGCACGUUGGUGUGUGGUCUCCGCGACGAUGACGUAGAAUUGUCUCUGGAGAACGAGGUUCUAAAAAAAUGGGGGCUCUACAACGCCCUGCGUUCCUUCUCGGACCGUGCAAGAAUCAGCGGAGCGGGCUCUCAUAACAUUGCAAUCGACCCAAAAGCUGACACUGAAUUACUAAGUUGGUACGAGUCUGGAAGUGGUAAUGACUUAUACAGCUUUAGUGGAACCAAUAUUAUUUCGGUUUCCUUGAAAGAUACCAAUUACAACAACGCUCACGAUUGCUACCUAAAGGGUCAGUUCUGUGACGCUUUGAUUUACUUGGAUUACGCCUUUGAGUCUAGAGACCAGUCAGUCGACGCGAGGUUGUGGACUUUGAGGGCAAAGGUCAUGAAUGCUGUGGAGGACCAUCUGGAAACUUUGAAAUCCAUUGUCCAUGUGCAGGAAGCGGAACGCAGCUUUGAACUCUACAUAGAGGGAGGUAUCUGAUUACUUACGAAAGCAUUAUUUAUUUAUUUUAAUGGUGGUGAAUAAAAAUUGAUGAAAAGAGUUUCAGGAAUACAUGGUAUAUAUUGGAUCGGAAAAUGUCAAUCAAAAUUCCUAAUUGAUCUCCGUAUCUCAAAUAAAAACGUAAUCCUCAUCAAUCAGUUGUUACAUGUCCAUCUGGCGAACAUCGCAGGGGCAUGAAAUCAUCAAUCAGUUGUUACAUGUCCAUCUGGCGAACAUCGCAGGGGCAUGAAAUCAUCAAUCAGUUGUUACAUGUCCAUCUGGCGAACAUCGCAGGGGCAUGAAAACAAAACAAUCACUACAACCAGGGCGCAUGCUAAAAAAUUAAGCGUUACAAAAGUAAAUUAAAAAAUAAUUAUAACGUGAUUUAUUUUAUUUCUCACCCCAUGCCCUUUCUUUCUUUAUUUUUUUCUUUAAAUGACCCAAGCUAAGGCGCUAGAGAAAUUGGGUCUGGUUAUAACUUCUGAGGAAUGGUUGAAAACGAUUGUGUUAUCAGCUUCUGGGGACAUCAGCCGAGACAAAUGGGUCCAGACCGCGUACAAGCUCCUGCAGGAAAUACACACACAACGGGUCUAUCUUCCGUAUGUUAAGGUAAAAAUAUCAUUUUUUUCUCUUUCGUUUUUUUUUUUUUUUUAAUAGAGUGAUGCUAAAUUUUUGUUUGGCAAAUAGCCCCUAUAAGGUGCAGAACAACCGUUUUGCGGUUUCGAAUGCAAGGAAAUGAUUUAUAUGUGAUAUCAUUUCAAAUAUAAUUCGAAUAACGCGUAAGAAACAACUACUCAAUAGACGUUGCGCACAACUGGGAUCCCAUUAUAGCUCUCCAAAACUAUUAUGUAUUGGUUUGAAUUCCUAAUGUUAUUUAUUUCAUCAUGAAACGUGUCACUUUUAUCAGUUGAUACAAUCUUAAAUGGGUUACUCAUGUAUGAAUGUCCACAGGAAGCCCCUGUCCGUGUGUUUAUAACCGGCAGUGGCCGUGGUCUGGCCCCCACCAAGACAGUCCUCAAGGGCCAACUGCUAUUCGCCGAGCUGCCGGAGCUGAUCGAGCAGAACAUGGCAUCGGACAGCAUCACUGCGUGCGCACACUGUGGCCUCUCUCUCGUCAAACCGGAAGACGUUUUCUCAAAAGGUCACCUGGCCAUAGCAGAUCUGCAGAGGGCGUUCAAAAAAUUCUGGCCGAAAAGGAAGUCCACCCCGUGCAAAACCUGCGACAGGGUUGUCUACUGCAAUGACACGUGUCGUGACGCAGCAUGGCAAAGGUGAAUGCAAAGUCAACUCAUUGCCUGUUAUUUCCAGUAUUAUUUACACACAGCACAUCGCUGUUAUUUUCCUCAUGUGCAGGGGAAUGCUAAAGGUAUAAACGUGAACUUUUACAAAAUUUCCUUUAAACUUGGGAAAGAUAUCAAAUUUGAUUUGCUUCAACUUCCUAUUUCGAAAGCUUCCUAAACCAAAUUCACAUUUAACUGACGCUUAUUACUUUCCUCGCUUUAUUAAAAAAAAAAAGUAUAAGAUAAGAUAAGAUAAGAUAAGAUAAGAUAAGAUAAGAUAAGAUUCUUUUAUUGAUCCAAAUAAAUGGAAAUUUCUUUUGAUUGCAUUGCAUAUUUUCAGCCCAUAAAUAAAACAAUUUGAACACAAUCAUCUAUCUAUCAUUAUUACACGAGUUAAAAAAGCAGCCAUUCAAUGAAUUCUCUUAGCCAUAACAGGGACUUAUUAGUUCUCAUUGAGAUUUGUUACUUCUGGGGGAACAUGCUGGUCAAUUCGUACAGAUUGGGGAACAACUUUUUUUUAAAUAUCUUUCAGUCCUCACCAUGAGAGAAAGAAUUCGUCCCGAACAGGUCGAUCCUAAGUAUCUGUGAUGAAGAGGGUGGGAUGUAUCAUCCAAAAUUUGUUUACUUUUACAAUAACAUCUUUCUGCAAAUAGUUCUUCAAGUGCAGGAUGUCUAGUUUGUGUUAUAUUCCUAGCUUUCUUGAUUAGUCUGUUUAUUCGGUUUUUAAUAUCAGACGAUAAAUUCCACACCUGCAGGUAAUAUUGAAAUCAAGUAGGCUUCCAAUUGUUGCACUGUAGAAUAAGUUAACGACUUGUUGGUUUACGCCGAAAUUGUACGGGUUUUUUUUUGUGUUGGUUUUUUGUUUCUUUUUUGCGAUAGAACAGUCUUUGGUUGAAUUUCUUAUACAUCCAUUGGCCGUGCUCAUGCCAUAUUAGCUUAUUAUUAAUGGUGAAACCUAAGAACUUAUAUGCCUCUACUUUCCUUACAUUUUGAUUAUUUAUGUUGAGAUCUGUAAUCUGAUGUUUCCCCCUCCUGAAAUCAACAACCAUUUCCUUUGUUUUUGAGACAUUCAGCUGGAGAAAAUUUUCAUCGCACCAAUUGAUAAAUCUUGUAACUAAGUUGCGGUGUAAGCCUUCUCCAUCAGAUAUUAAGCCAACGAUGGUGUAUCAUAAGCAAAUUUUAAGAUUGGAACGGUUUCGCUUGAGCUCUGAAUAUCAUUGUCAGAUAUUGUAUGAGGUACAGGAGAGAGAACGCAGCCUUAUCUCUCUGGUUAGAGAUACUUGGUUAUUUACUUUGACAUAUUGUGGUCGAUUUGUUAAAAAGUUUUAGUAUCCAAGCUUGAAUAUUUUAAUUGACAUCUAACGAGGAAAGUUUCUUUAUCAUAAGGUGUGGUUGGAUAGUGUUAAAUGUUGAUGAGAAGUCUAAGAAUUGCUGUCUAGGUGAUGGUAAAGUCUCUCCAACAAUAGUAAGAUAGCAUCAUCCGUGAUUCUGGCAGGUUUGUAAGCAAAUAGUGGGGGUCAAGUUUCUUGCUGUACUUCAUUCAUAUGCAAUUAUUUUAAACGAAAAAUACUUUUACCUAUAGCUGUUCAAAUUAUUUCAGAUACCACAAGGUGAUCUGCCCUACAGUCCCCAAUUCCACGGUAGCCAUGUUAUAUGAUGUUAGGAAGUCGUUCCGUGACGUCAUGCCGACGGACGGCUCCUCGUGGCAGGGUUGGUGGAAUGCCGAGUUCAGUCCCACUCUGCUGUCCAAGUUAUGGGCCACAAUAAUCUCUACGGCAAAGCUGGCAGCCACUGGGACCGGUCAACCCUCUAAAACUGAUUGGGUCAAAGCUGCAUCCCAGUUUGAAAAGUAAAUAUGUAAGAUUACCAGACGUCACUGUUGAAUCCUGGAACGGGGCAUGUUUGUUAUCAGUUGGUUACCUUACUUUGUCAAACGCCAAAAAAUGCAUGUAGCUUUUAUUCUCAGGACAUAAUUCAAAGAGCGUAUUCUAAUCCCGCAGGUAUUCCAGUGCUGGGGGCAGUGUUUCUGCCCAAGAGACUAUUCCCAAAAUGUUUGAGCUCAUGGUUAAUAUUUUCAAACGGUCCAAAGUUCUGCGUUAUGAUGUCACCGCGGAAGACUUCAACAAAAGACAUCAGCAAGUACAGACAAACUUCAUCGAGUUCCAUGACGUCACCGACGCACUGCAUGGUUUUGUCGACAAGAUGCGACAAGAUCCGAAGAGGAACAAGAAGAUUGGCCAGUUUUUCCAAGAGCCGCUACCGAGAGCCGAAUUCCAUGGCUUAUUUCCCUUGGCGUCCACGAUUAAUCACUCAUGUUUCCCCAAUGCCAAGAUAUUGAGUGGCGUAUUGGACGGGAAGCCAGGCAUACGUGUCAUGGCCACCAAAGAGAUUGAAGCUGGUGAAGAGAUAACAGUGGCAUAUGUGGAUACCGGUCUGAAGAAGGCGGAGAGGAGAAAGAAAUUGUGGAGGUACAGUUUAAAUUAGUCAUGUUCCAGUUUGAGCAUAUUUUAAAAGGCGUAUGCAUGCGAAUAAAAAUGUAUGUGUGUAUUGGGCGGGGUUGGGGGGGGGGGUAGGAGCAUCCUGGCACGAAGGUACGGGUGGGAAUUUUCCUUAUGAUAACAAGCGAAUGUUCGGGCAUGACCGCAUCUGGGUUAGGUAAAAGAUUUUUUUUUAAAAAUGUUCCAGUUUGAGCAUAUUUUAAAAGGCGUAUGCAUGCGAAUAAAAAUGUAUGUGUGUAUUGGGCGGGGUUGGGGGGGGGGGGGUAGGAGCAUCCUGGCACGAAGGUACGAGUUGGAAUUUUCCAUAUGAUAACAAGCGAAUGUUCGCGCAUGACCGCAUCUGUGUUAGGUAAAAGAUUUUCUUUUAAAAUGUUUAACAUUACUUUUAAUGUUAUCAGUCCCUCCUCAAUACACAAACGAAGUGGUUAUGGGCAGCCGACUGAGUAGAACCCUGAGAGUUAUACGCAGUCGGCAAGUCACAUGACGUCUAGAUUCUUCCUGUGUUACACUAUCAAUCAAUAAGGGUGCCGUGACAUCGGGGUGACUGUGUGGUCGAAUGGUCUAAACUGACCAAACCUCAAGUUGAUGGUCUGGAGUUCAAUUCCAGCCAACGGCAAGCCAUGAAUGUGCGUUGGUUGCUAUGCUUUUUCUCGAGAAUGAAGCAACAACUAGGCUUAUUGUUUGACUUUUUUUUUGGCUAAAAAAUGUUAAAACAUGAGAAGAAUUAUUGACCAAUGUAAUUUGGGUUUGAGCAAAAUAUCUUCCUCCCAGUGGAGGGGGGCUUUGCGUUACCCCCCCCCCCUAGCUCAGUGGGUCUUCGGAUAGGGACAUGUGAUCUUUUGGCUUCAGGGAGCAUGCCCUAUACUAGUCUUCCACGCCACGAAGAGGCAGAUCACUUGCACACCACCUCGAGCAAAGUGGUGUGAGUUUCCCCAAGUCUAGCGCAAGCCAUCCUGGGGAAAACUUGGAAGAACUUUACCAAUGUAAUGUUAAUAAUGUUAUACUUAUAAUUAUCAAAUAUAUGUUUGUGUUGUUAACUAAUUUUGUGGCAGAUAAAAUCAUGUUUCACUGGUACAGUAAUAAAAAUAAUCAUGGGUUGAGAGUAGCAGGAAAAAAAUCGCUGUAGGGGCAGGGGUUCUGUAGAGGGGUCAGUGUAAGUAAUACUUUCACACAGUUAUAGUUUUGCAUGGAAGCUGAAAACUGUUACAUUUAGGUCAACAAAAAAAUAAAAUCAUAAAUGCUACAAUUUAAAAAAAGAUAAAUAGAACGUAUUUCCUGAAUUAGUCAGUAAAACCAGCCACAUAGUCAUAGCAACAUAUAAAAACCUAAUCAAUCAAAAUCCAUACUAGACUUAGACCAUGGUCUAAAAAAAAUCUAAGACUUAGGCUUAGACUCUCAGAAAUGUAGACUUUGACUUAUACUUAUAAUUAUAAUUAUAAUAUAUAAGAUACAAGCAAUAAUACUAAUAAUAGCACUAAUACUAAUACUAUUGUUAUAAUCAAUUUCAAUAUUAAUUAAAAUUAAUUCAAUUAAAAUUUUACGUUAAACACAUGCAAAGUUCUAGUACAAAACAAUCCAUCAUGCAGCUCAUUAGGCAUAAUACUUUUGUUGAAAUUGCCAAACAAGCGAUUGAUAACCUUAUUUGGCUAAAUUCCCAGCCGACUGGGUAUAACGCUUCCCAUACACAAAUAUUGUUUUUCCUUUAAAUUAGAGACCGACCUGAAAGAGAUUUUCGGCUGAAGGCCGAAAUUUAAAAAUGACUUUUGGCCGAAGCCAAAAUUUAACCGGUAUUUAAAUUUUCGGUUUCAACCGAACCGAAGCCGAAACUGAAAUAAUAAAUAUUUAGGUAUUUUGAAAUUCCUCAACGCAUACGUUCUAGAUACAUCAAAAAAUUGAUGGGGGAAGUAUCAAUAUUUACAUUCUUUUUUUUUUUAAUGAGAUCAUCGUGAAUAUUAUUAAAUACACAUUUAAUGAAUACUUUGGCUUUUACUAUUUUAAUGUAAAAUUUGAUGAGCAUGACAGUGAUACAGCAAAAUGGAGAUGACAAAUGAAGACAUUGAAUAAAGUUGGCCUCCAAAUUUUAGUGUGGACAAAAAUGAAAACAAAAAAAUGAUAUAAAAUGUUAACAUUUCCUCUAGAAGUCAAAGGUCAUCAUGCAGCUGUGAGCAGUUUUCACAGGGCAUUAGUCAAAGGUCAUCAUGCAGCUGUGAACAGUUUUCACAGAGCAUUAGUCAAAGGUCAUCAUGCAGCUGUGAACAGUUUUCACAGAGCAUUAGUCAAAGGUCAUCAUGCAGCUGUGAGCAGUUUUCACAGAGCAUUAGUCAAAGGUCAUCAUGCAGCUGUGAGCAGUUUUCACAGAGCAUUAGUCAAAGGUCAUCAUGCAGCUGUGAGCAGUUUUCACAGAGCAUUAGUCAAAGGUCAUCAUGCAGCUGUGAGCAGUUUUCACAGAGCAUUAGUCAAAGGUCAUCAUGCAGCUGUGAGCAGUUUUCACAGAGCAUUAGUCAAAGGUCAUCAUGCAGCUGUGAGCAGUUUUCACAGUUUUCUUAUAACAUACGAUGAAGGCAAGACGUCGAGCAAUAAUGAAUAUCGGAUUGCCUGCCUAGAGACAGACAGUCUCACCUCUGGUCCAGUCACUUUCGGCCACAUGGCCUAAACUCCCAAUCACUUUCGGCCGAAACCGAAAUUAAACCUAAAGUUAACAUUUCAGUUUCGGUCGAAGCCGAAGUUAAGCCGAAAUUUAACUUUUCGGUUUCGGUCAAAACCGAAAUUAGGCCGAAGUGAUCAAUGGCCACUUUCGGUGCCAAAACCGCAACCGAAGCCAAAAUUCGGUCGGUCUCUACUUCAAAUUUUGUUUCCUCUACACGUAUUUUAGGCCAUAUCUUUUAUUAUGUAUGCCAGUCAUGUCCUAUUUAUGCUUGAUUUAUUUUAAUUUUUAAGCCAUGAAUUCGUUUUCAGGAUUAUCACGUUCCCACGAUAAUCCCUACGGAUAGCGUUUCUUAGUGUCAUAGAAAGGUGGCGUGGAGGGGGCGGUCCGCCCUGGGUAGCAAUUUUUUUCUUUAUAUAGAGUGGCGGCAUUUUCGAACAAAUAAAUGCAAAAUGUAUUCUGUGGUGGAGGCAGCAUAUUUUGUACUUGCCCCAUGCGGCACUGACAUACUAGGCAGACUUAACAUUUGACAGCGCCAUCCUUUAAAAUUUAACACGGCCCCAAAUUAGCUGAAAGUAAUAUACAAAUACAAUUAACAAAAAUAUAAAUGUUACAGCAAGGUUAAUGAAUAAAUUUAAUAAAAUUACUUUAUAGAACCUUAAUAAUGGACUCUUUCAGUCCAACAUUGGUAUAGUGCCCUAUACUUAACCAAUGUUGGACUGAAAGAGUCCAUUAUUAAGGUUCUAUAAAGUAAUUUUAUUAAAUUUAUUCAUUAACCUUGCUGUAACAUUUAUACGUAUUUUAUCAUUGUAAUAAAUUGAAAACUUUAAACAGUGCUCUUUUAUGUGUGUUUACAGCAGAUAUGCAUUUCUGUGUCAGUGCCCACGGUGCCUCUACGAGGGUGACGGGCCUGAGGUGUGCACCCACUGUGGGAAGAAGGCAGACGACGGUCCUAAUAUUUCAUCAACACUUGUUCUUAAUAAGGACGCCCCUGUUUACGAAUCGAGCUGCCUGUCUCGCUCCAAUAAACCCCAGUUGAUUCCAUUCUCUACAAAAGGAACACCUGUCGCGAUAGUGCCAGCUGCGGGAAACGUGACACCAACUUCAACAGGGACAUCCUCUACAACCGUGAAACAGUCUACAACCUCGACACCUUCUACAAUAGCGAACCCUACUACAACAGCUACUGCAAACAUGACACCCACUACAACCAUGAUAUCAUCUGCAUCCGAGACAGAUUCUACAACAUCGACACUUUCUUCAACAGCAGCACCGUUAGCAACAGCAACAACUUUUAACAAUUCGACACUUUCUACCACCGACACACCAAAAAUCCCCGACAGACAUUCUACCAUUGCGACACCUUCAGCAACAGCACUGAUUACUAAUAGAGUCAAAGACUCUCCAAAAAUGACUGCUGUAGUUGCGUCAUCUCUGCUGACCAGUGAGGACCCGCAGGAAAUGAACCUGAGUGCAAAUAGCGAGGUUAUAAAAACACAAAUGACCCGUCUAGCAUUCGGUGAUAGCAUGUUCUCUGCUUGCACGGCCGAGAUCCCCGAACAAGGAGAUCAUAGAUCGGAGCAAGUCUGUACAUAUUCAACGUUACGCAAUGCGAACAACGAUUCGUUUGUGAUCAAACAAAGCAGAGAUGAGUCUAGAGUUACACAUCCGGGACCAUCUGUUGAAAGCACGUCACAUAAUCAGGGGAUGUCACCGAACGCGCUUAGAAUAAAUCAAGACACGGAUUGUGGGUCAUGUUGCCAUGACGAUAGAGAUGGCAAUAUCAAAACAUCCCAUAAUAUUAAUGAGAGCUUAACUGGUGAAAUGAUGGCUGGUAACAGAGCGGGGUUGAGAGCCCCCACAUCGUUUCCGCAUUGUGGUAGAUGUGGGAGGGCCUGGUACUGCUCACAAGCAUGCCAGAAAGAGGCUUGGAAAAAAGGACAUAAAAAAGUAUGUGCUAAGAAAUUAUAAGCACAUGUAUGCGAAUAAUGCUCGAUUGAUUACAGAAGAUAAUCUUUAUGACCAUAUUCUGAUUACCAAAUCUGAAUUAUCAAUGUAUUUUAAAUUUUAAAAACCAAAACGACUCAAAACAAUAGUUUGUGUUUGUGUGGUCCGUCUCAUAUCCUUGAUAAAACCAUUGCUUUACUUGUAAACCUUUUCAUAUUUACAACAAAUAAAUUUUUUGGGUCAUUUUUUGUAUAUUUUAAAUUUAACUAUUUAUCAAAAUCUAAAAAGAUCGAACCCAAGUUACUAUUUGCACUUCAUCCCUAUUAAUAUUAAAUAGUUUAUAUGAAAAUAAAUAAUACUUCUUUUUAUGUCACAAAUGACCAGAGCUGAGAAAGGAAACCGUGGGCGUAGGUCCCGGACAAAAGUACAAUAGAUGAGGGAGUAGUUAACCUGACAUCGGCAGGGAAGGCGUAAUCAGGUUUUCUUUCAGCCAUCUCUAAUUAUUAAACUUCCUUUACACCAAUAUGAAAGGUCUACAAUUCUAAUAAUAGUUAUUACUAAGUAUCAAACAUACGCAAUUUAUUUUCAAAUUAUAGUUCAAUAUAAAAGCAUUACAAGUAUGGAUAAGUGUUAGUUUGCUUGCAAACGACCGGAUGGGCAUGAUGUAGUCCAUCACCGACCUUCCACAGCCUAGACAUAGUGCUCUAAGCGUACUUGCUCCCGCGCCCCAUCUUGUGCAAGCCAGUUUUUUAACCAGAUUUAGCUUCGAGGUUGCUUGGAAGCAGAGGUCUUGUACAAACUGAUUAAUUUGCAAAUGUUGAUCCUAUUCAACCCCCAAGGAAACUGGUUGCUCGUCCCACCUUGAGCUUGAUCGCCGGUUUGAGAAUGGUCCGCCUGUUGGUUAAAAGUGAGCAGACCGUCUUCUCGUUGCUAAUAUUCAUAUGCCACCGCCGCAUGAACUUGUUGAUAGAGGAAAGGUCCUGCUGUAAUAGCUGUUGCAGGCGGUGGACAUCUUAACUGCGCUCCAGAAAACCAAAUCGUCUGCAUACAUCGCACAAUUUGUAGCUAGAUUUUGUGGCAAGUCAUUGAUAUAGGUUAGGAAGAGAAGAAUUCUGUCCAGUUUGUAAAAAAACGGAAAUCCAUCUGUACAUUUUGACAGUUACUCCCAAAUUUUGCAACUUUAACAAUAACCCGGACCUCCAGACCCGGUCAUAAGCCUGCAUGUCGGAGGUCAAAGCAUACAGCCACUUUAUGAGACUUCUUCGGGAGCCAAUCUGUUAUGGACUGGAGAAGACGGAGCACUUGAUCUAUCGGCUGAAUUCUCUUGCGGAAGUCAACCUGAAUUGGACUGAGGUUUUCGGUACUCUCCAGGUACCAGUAAAGCCUCUGAUGGACCAUUCUCAAGGCCAUCUUCCUUAGACACGAUGAGAGGGGAAUCGGAUGGUAGUCGGUCGGUUGAUCGAGUUUCUUCCCUCCUUUGGGAAUGGAGACAAUGGUAGCGCUAAGCCAAGCUCUUGGUAGAAUUCCUGUUACCCAAGAUCGGUUUAUAUCUCUCUCCAAGCUAUCGAGCAAAGGUUUUUUAUCAUUUCGUUGCAGAUCUUAUCCGGGCCUUGUGCCUUGGCGGCGUUGCAUUUGUCGAUAUUGGUUUGCAACUCAGUCAAGACCUCCUGUAUGCAGACGACUGUGCCCUAAAUGCUGUAUCAGAAGUGGAAAUACAAUGCUGCGUCACAAAAUUUUCUAAUGUCUGCACAAACUUCGGGCUCACCAUUAGCACACAAAAGACUGAAGUCCUAUUCCAGCCAGCUCCUCGAAGAACUUAUCAUAAUGCGACUUGUGCCAUCUUUUAUUCUGAAUAUUUCCAGAGGGAAAGUGAUCCUAUCAACUUCAAUCACAUAGGGACAUGUGUUGCAACGGCUACGGUUGCAACUUUUGGUGCCUUUAUGAGCUUUGAUAAUAGGUUUUAGGAAGAAAUCAAUAUGAAAUUGGUGAGGAAUCAUAUCAAGUAAAUUUAAAGACAUAUAUGGAAAACUGACAUUCAUUUACGAAAUAAUUGUAAUGAUAUAUAUUUCUGUAUUAUUUUAAUUAUUGGUAAUUAUUUAUUGCUUAACGUUAGUGAGAUGUUUGUGCUUGAUGCUUGCUGAUUAGAGAUUUUAUGUUAGGUUUCAAUUUAGUUAGCUUCAGUCUCAAGUCUCCACGUUGUGUUAUGCACAGCCCAUUUCUUGUUCUUUUUUUCUUUUUUUCUUUUUUUGCAGCAAAUCAUAUAUGGCACUAAAUCCACAUUCAGCUAAAUAUGAAGAUUGAAACGGUAACUAUAGUUUUCUUGCACAGUUGGUUGAAUUUGGAUAUCUGAUUUCUGUUUCCCCACAAACCCAUGUCAUCGUUCCUUUCAUAAUUAAUAAAGUGUUAACUGUCUCAUC